UCCAAGCUGUCGGGACGCCCUGUGUGUUGGCUGCUGCGACGGACAUCACUUGCCUGGAGACACCCCUCCCUCACUCUACGAGUCAUCCGCAAUCGAACCCACCCAGGAGAUUAUGGAGACCAUUGCCAUGGACCUGGGCGCCCUUCUGGACGCAGGGGACGGCGCAGUCGUCACACUGUUGGCGGACGGCACCCGUCUCGUGGCGCACAGGGCCGUGUUGGCCGAUCGGAGUCCCGUGUUUGGUGCCAUGUUUCGCCACGACACACUGGAAGCCAACGCCGGCGAGGUCGCAGUCCCCGACGUGGAGGGCCCGGUGCUCCGCCAGCUGGUCGCCUACCUCUACACCCUCCAGGCCCCUCAGCUGCCCAGCCUGGCCCCCCAGCUGCUGGCAGCCGCUGAUAAAUACGGCGUGUCGGCCCUGAAGGCUCGGUGCGAGCAGCUCGUGGCCGCUCAGCUGUCCGUUGAAACUGCGGCGGCCGCAGCUGUUCUGGCGAUCAGGCACUCCUGCACCAGCCUCAGGCAGGCAGCCAUUGAUUUCAUUAAGGCCAACAUCGCCCAGGUUAUGACCACACGGGGUUGGGCUGAUGCAGUGCGCACUCAGCCAGAAGAUGUGGUCACACUGGGUCAGUUGCUCGCGGAUCCUCCAGCGGAAACCAGCACGCCGGCCUCUGCAGACGGCAGUGGGCCGCAGGGAGACCGCGGCCGCACCCCUACCGCUGCUGCGCCGCCCACGGCUGCCUUCACCACUCCUCCGCCAGAUGACUCUGCCGUCUCUCGCCUGCGAAGCCUUCCCGAAAAAGAGACGAACAGCAGGCUGAUUCAGGCAGCGAAGGAGGAUGCAGUCGACGAGUUGCAGACGCUGCUCGCAGCUGGUGCGGACGUGGAGGCGAGGGACGAUGGCAAGGACAGGUGGACCAGCCUCCACUGGGCAGCAACCAGAGGACACGUGAAGGCAGCGAGGUGCCUCGUGGAGGGUGGAGCACACGUGGACGCCAGGUGCAGCAGCUGGCAGGAGACGCCACUGCACAGGGCUGCAAUUAAUGGACACGAGGCUGUGGCGCGGCUACUGCUGGAAGCAGGUGCAGAGGUAGAUGCCAGGAACAAAACGCAGAGCACGCCCUUGCUCUUGGCUGCGUAUCAUGGCCGUGAGGCUGUGGUGAGGCUGCUGCUGGCAGCCACUCCUUACCACAACGCCAGGGAUCAGUGGGGGGAAACGCCAUUGCACAACGCUGCUCUGAAGGGCCAUGCAGGCGUGGCAUCGGCACUACUGGAGGCAGGGGCCGACCGGAGCUCCAGGAAUAACCAGGGAAAAACCCCACUGGACCUCGCCAGGCAUAAAAACCACCAGCAUCUGGCAGACUUGCUAAGGUGAAGCUAACAGUUCAACAGACGUCCUAGGAGUAAAACGGAAAGAGCUCCACUCCAUGACUCUUCUUCAUUAUUAAAAUAAAGUAUGUGAUAAAUUUGAACCUGUGGCCAUCACUGUUUCUAUACUCCAACUUCAGGGACAGCGUUUUAUCUCUGUACACUUGUAUGGCUUUUGCUUCUAGCGAGCCCUCCUAAUGAUGUUUGGUACAUCCAAGUAUUUCAAUUUUAAAUCAUGGUAUACACUUUUUAUGUGAUUUAAAAAUUUUCUAAAAUUAUAAAAAAUACUGGAAAAUUAAACUUGUCUCAAAUGUGAUAA